GAGAGUGUGUGUGUGUGUGUGUGUGUGUGUGUGUGUGUGUGUGUGUGUGUGUGUGUGUGUGUGUGUGUUUGGUGAAACCUCCCCUCCCAUCUCCGCUGCUCCUCCGCUCUCCGUCACUCUGCGCUAUUUCUCUCAGACUCGCUCCGGGUGUGUAUGAACUGCCUCUCUCCCCAGUUGCACUAGCUAACUGCGGGUGAAGCGUGCGGGUUCCGCGCUAUCCAUGUGGCACCUCGCGGACACCAGGGUCGGUGUCUCGCCUACCAUUCGGCGCCUCUCACCUUUCCCAACAAGACUGCCAACUCUACCGAGCCCUACAUCUUCCCUUCGCUAGGGCAUCUUAUAUUCUGCAAAAGGGUACGUUCACCGUGAGUCGAAUCAGCGCAGCGGGAUUAGACAACCCGUUUCACAACGCAACGAGGAUUCAAUGGUAGGCACUACGAAGGUUCAACUUCGAGAAGAUGGUGGCUCCGUGAAGUGGUUCAAAUGACGAGUUAAUGAAGGACAGCAAAGGCAAACAUCAGCGAUGCCCUUUGGCUGCAUAACCCUUGGUGACAAAAAGGAUUAUAACAACCCUUCAGAUGUAACAGACAAAUAUGAUUUGGGACAGACAGUCAAGACGGAGGAGUUCUGCGAAAUAUUACGGGCAAAAGAGAAGUCUACAGGGAAAAUGUACACCUGCAAGAAGUUUUUAAAGAAAGAUGGAAGAAAAGUUAGAAAGGCGGCUAAAAAUGAAAUCAUGAUUUUGAACAUGGUGAAGCAUCCUAACAUACUGCAACUGGUGGAUGUCUUCGAAACGCGCAAGGAAUAUUUCAUCUUCCUGGAACUUGCCACAGGUCGGGAGGUUUUUGACUGGAUUCUGGACCAAGGAUAUUAUUCAGAACGGGAUACCAGCAACGUGAUCAGACAAGUACUGGAGGCUGUUGCCUACCUGCAUUCCCUCAAGAUUGUGCACCGAAAUCUGAAGUUGGAGAACUUAGUUUAUUUCAAUCGCCUAAAAAACUCCAAGAUUGUAAUAAGCGACUUUCACCUGGCAAAGAUGGAGAACGGGCUGAUUAAAGAGCCUUGUGGCACUCCGGAGUAUCUAGCUCCUGAGGUAGUUGGACGACAGAAAUAUGGACGACCAGUGGACUGCUGGGCUAUUGGAGUGAUCAUGUAUAUACUAUUAUCAGGGAACCCACCUUUCUAUGAUGAAAAUGACGAUGAGGAUUAUGAAAACCACGACAAAAACCUAUUCCGAAAAAUUCUGGCUGGAGACUAUGAAUUUGAUUCCCCAUAUUGGGAUGACAUUUCAGAUGCAGCAAAAGAUCUGGUGAGCCGUUUAAUGGAGGUCGAUCAGGAUUCCAGGAUAACAGCUCAAGAAGCCAUUAAUCAUGAAUGGAUUUCAGGAAAUGCUGCUUCAGACAAGAACAUAAAGGACGGUGUCUGUGCUCAAAUUGAAAAGAACUUUGCCAAAGCGAAAUGGAAGGUACUUGAAAAAGCGGUGAGAGUAACGACAAUCAUGAAACGCCUUCGGGCACCUGAACAGAGUGAGACCGCCAAUGCCUCACCAGCCUCAGCACCCACUCCUCAAGGGGAGCCCGAGAACAAGGCCGCCAGUAGCGCUCCUGCCCCAGACAGUCUGACAGACAACUCUGCAAAGAUCGGCAUAACAGCUACAGCCUCCCCCAGGUGUAACGGAGAAGCAGCCAGCCCUCACAAACCUGCCGCUGAAGCUUGGGAGGAACAAAAUGGCUGAGACUUACUGAUGUGCACAGUGAACUUACCGUGUAAAAUAAAAAGUAGCUAAAAAUUUUUAAAGAUUAUUAAAAUGGCAGGCAUGAUCCAAACUGAUCAUAUACAUUAAUAAAAAAAAAUUAAAGUGUUAUUCGGAUGCGACAAUUGCCACAGUAAAAUCCAGCAAGGCAUGUGUUAAUAGGUUUGUGAAAUUCUGAAGCAAUAAUUGGCAUCUGUGGGUACUAUUUUUGCAAAAAUGGAAAAAGCAGGAGAAAGAACUAUGGCCAAACCUUUUAUGUGCCACUCAUCAUGUUUGCUACACAGACUAUUUAUUGUGUUAGAAAAAAGUACUUGCAUAACAACUUUUACUUUGAAACCACAUGCUACAUAUUGGCUUCUUGCAACGCAUCGAAUCCCACUUCAGUGCAGUCUGCAGUCACACCUUGCUUGAGCUGUUUGGUAUCUGUUUGCUUUAAGUAGACCUGCCAUCCAUUUUUUUUUUAGUUUGUGUUUCUGUUUGGGAAAUUUGCCUUCUGCCUCCUGUGCUAAAAAAGACAGGUGCAGUGUCUGUGAUUUCCCACCAAGGAAUCACAUAAGCGACUUUGCUCUCAGUUUCCUGAUCUCCAUAGUUAGUUGGUAAUGCGCCCAAAUGUAGCCAUGAAGGCCUCCUAAACAUUACAACAUUGAUAAAUGGCCUGUAGAAGAUAAAUGUACAUUAGUCUCCUAUCAGAAUCAGCCAAAGGCAAUCAGCAAGAUUUCAGCUGACUUCAAGUUUUACAGUUUUAGUAAAAAACAGCUCCUUGUUACAAUAUGCACCAUUAUCCCCAUCAGAAUUUGUACAACCAACAAGUAUGGGAGAGUUUAUUAUGGGUUUUAAACUCAUCUGCUUUCCCAAUAAAAACAAAAGCAUGUUUUCUUGUUGUUUGAAUUACUAUUCAUUGCUUUUUCCACUGUAUCAUUUUGCCAAAUGCUCAGUACCAAAACUAGCUGGACCCAAAUUGUCUCUCAGCUUUGUCUACCACUGACAUGAGUGACAUGGAGUUCAUAGCAUUAGACAUAGAACCUAAUAUUGUGUUACUAGUAUUUAAGACACCAGUACAUAAUAUCAUGUUCCCACAUCCCAAAUGUCCUUGAAUUCAUGCCCUGCAAUGCAGAUUACAAAGGCAAUAGUUUGGCAGAUGUUCUAUGAUUUAAAUUAUAUUUAUUUUGAAAGUUUUGGGAUGGUGUAGGUAGACAGAGGCAGGAAGGGCAUUCAGUGCUUUCUAGUGUUAGCUUUAUACGCUGGCUAUAGUAGAACAUUAUUUUUAGCAAUGCAGUUCUUUUGUGUAAAAAUCCAUAGAUGGCUUGCUUGGAGUACCUUAAAAACUGCUGGCACAGACUGAAGGCACACAGAUUAGAAACUGCUCAAAGUUAUUUCCAAACCGGUAAACUGCAGAAUAAUGGGAAUAAAAGCAUUUAAAAAAUUUUUAAAAAACUAAAUUUGUAAGAAUGUGUAUGUAUUUGGAAAUAUAUUUGUUAAGAGAUUAAAAAUAUCAGUGGCAGAUAUGUGCAGAUUCUUCUGUGUUGCAGAGAAGUCAAAGCACACAGAGAAAGUCUGUUGCAUGCGAGCCAAUUUGUAACAUGUACAAGUAGUUGCAUGCUUAUAUUUUGUCACACAAAUACAGUGGGGUUAACAUGGUGUACUUUAUUGUGCUGUAACAUGUAAAAUAAAUCAGGUCAACUUUAAAAGAUGGUUUAAAAUUUACUGAAGAACUUAAGCCUGUAAUUUGAACAACUGCUGUUUGAAGAAAAGGUAUUUUGGCUCUUAAAAAAUAAACAAAAGAAAAUUUUUGAUGUGUAUUAUUUCU